UUACCGUCGACGCGCGAGGUUUCACCGAUUAAGUUGAUCCACCCGUUUGGAUUGGCGAUGGAAAGUUGCUCAACAGAUGUAAGCGGAGUUGGAUACGUAUCGAGUGGGUUAUAUUUAUAUCGAUUUAAUGUAAAUCGAAGGGGAUCGAUGCACCAACUUCCACGGCUUUUACUUAUUCGCUAUCGUAUCGCGGUAAAACCCCCUCCUCUUUCUGUCUAAGACGACGACAUUUGCAUUUGUCGAUUUCCUUGUAUAUAUAUAUAUCCAGAUGGGAGAAUUGUUCGCGAGGAUGUAAUUGCAAAUUAGGGAAAAUGGAAAUUUUCCACGAGGGUAGUUUUUCUGAAACAACAAACUCUCGUUAUUCCAUUACGAAUACGAGCGAAUGAGAUUUUUUUUAAAGAAGGGGAGAGGAAGAAUUCGAAUCGAUCUUUCCUGUAUUUUAUUCCUACGAGAGAAGAUGUAAAAAAGUAUACAUAUAUAUUGGAAAGGAUUAUUUUAUCCAAGAAAAGAUGCGUGAGCCGUCUUAUAAACACGAGAAAACUAAUUGGCCGAGAAAAAAAGGAAAAGAGAUACGAAGGGAAGAGGAUCAUUUCGCGGGAAGAAAGGGGCGUGACUCGUUCAUUUAUUUCCUUCGCUUCUUCCAUUAACUCUCCUCAAGAAGCGAACGCUCUCAAUGCGCGUUACGAGGAGGGGGGAGAACGACGAUAGUUUAAUGAUUUCCUUUGCUCCUUAACGUCCCUGCAGCCAAAGGGACCCGAUCCCUUGAAUCUCAAAAAUUUAAACUCUUACGAUGUACACGGAAGAGAAAGAGAGAGGGGACGUCUCUCUUGCGAAGCGUGGAGGAGAGGAAGGAAGACAUAACUAUAUAUACACAUUUAUAGAGGUUGGAAUGCUCGGCGCGACAUUCCAGCGCCACGGUUUCAUGAAUGGAGGGCCCCGUAAAAAGCAGCCGGUGGGUCAACUCGUACCAGUUGACUCCGAUAAUUGCGUGGCCCGAGCGGGGAUCAGAGGGCAAAACGAGUCGACAUUAGCCUGUUAGCCCAUUAGUUCGAGCCCACCGACACGCGCACCGAACACUCUCGACUUCUGUUCUCGGGUAACGAUGAUGGCGCGUGAGACGGCUCCGUUUCACGAUUUAACGAAUAAUUUUUACGAUACUUGGGUCCUCUUCUGUUCGAGGCUCAUCUCUCUCGCUUUUAAGCUUCUCUCUCCACUCUUUGCACCUCUCCGAUCCUAUGAUGAUGUUCGAGGGUAGGGCGUGAGUUAUGAAAUUUUAUUUGACAAGUAAGCUAACGAGGGACUUUCCCUUCGAUUUAUUCUAUAUUAUCCUUCUUUCUGAAAACGCUCGUUCGAGGGAACGGCCAAUGAGGUCGAGAGGGUAAGGAUCGAGAAAUCGCGAGGCUUUAACUGCGUUAUCGAUCUACGCUACCUUUGGCUCCAGGUUUAAAGGGAGUGGAGUUUGUGUGUGUGUGUGUGUCCUCUGUAUGGCAGCACCCCAACUAUCGAGACCUAUCGAGAUUAUUAAACGGAGCUUUGGCAAGGUCGGCCCAGUCAGAACCGCCAAUUUCGACCCACGGCCACUUUCAUCCCCCUGUAACGUCUUCCUUCUCUCUCUCUCUCCUUUUAUCUCCUUCCUGAGUGCCUUCUGUUGAACUUUGUUGGAUCAACGAAUCGCCUUGUGGAUAAUGCCUGGCUUCGAUUGUGCUCUUUCUUUCACGUUUCCACAUCGUGUUGUAUGAAAAUCUGUCAAAAAAAAAAAGAAACUGUGCAAAGUGUUUACAAGCUCCGCAGAAUUAUAUAUAAGAGAGGAUUGUUUAACGUAAUCGCACAACGGAUGGAAAUACAUUCCGUUCAUUAACGCGUUAAUUCGUUUCGCCGUUUAUUAUCGAGAUUGCAAAUUUCCAAAUCAAUUCCCACUUCUAUCGAUUAACUUUAUCCACUGCACGUGUUAACGUUACUAUUAAUAUCGUCCCGAUUGUUACAUUAAUUAGGUUAUUAACUCGUCGAAACACCGAUAUCGCCGCCAAAGGGCUACGUUAUAUCAAGCUAAAAUACGAAAUAUAAAGUCACAUAUAUAUAUAUAUAUUCGAGAGAAAGUAAAAUUCUCGAUCGACGUAAAAUACAGAUUACAAUUCCUAUAUCUAUUAUACGAACGAAUCAUUGGAGCAGCACACCAUGAAAAUUUGCUUAACUCCUUAACCUCCUCUCUGAUCCGAGAUCGAAACGAAUGCACGUAGCAGAGGGAAUCAAAAUGACCCCCAUUAGAGUCGUGUAGAGUCCUCAUCUCGUGGAGAGUUUCUUCUUUCCUCCCUCCCCCUGGCUCGAGAUGGAAAGAGCUUCUUCCACCUUGCGUGGCCAUUCGUCUCUCUUGCCAAACGAAUCCCUUUAAAGAGAUGGGGGAGCGAGUCGCGCCAUUGUCGCCGCGAAGGUGCGCGCUUUUUUCGGGGCGAAGAUCGAGUGGGGCGAUCCAUGUCGCGGCAGGAAGGCUAAAUUAGCCCCAUUUCACGCCAACUACUUUCCUCUCGCGUGUAUUCAGCUACUUAUCGUCGGGCGGAUAAAGUUUUCGAAGAAGAUGUUCCCUUGGAAUGUCAAGGUGCAUUCGUCACGGCGAGGAAGAAAGAUCGACUCCCUUCCUUUCGAGAAACGAGGGACGGGUGCUUUGAUUAAGCCUCCGCGAUUAUCGAACUGGCUUUCGUCGGAGGAAUUUAUUUAAACGUAAGAAUAUUUUCAUUCGAGAGAAAUGAAGCGACUCUGAGAAAGCCAUUCUUGAGAGUUUCGUAUCUUAAGAAUAUAUUUGAGAGUGGAAAUCGUGUUUCUCGUGAUCCCUUCCACGAUAAGAUCAAUCUCCCCGGAUUAUUAACUCUAUGAUAUCAGCUCGAACGCGAAGAAAAAUAGUCUCGAAAGAAUUUCACCUCCGAACGCGUUUUCCAAAAUUCCAAAAAAAGAAAGAGAAAUACUCGUCCGAUUUUCCAUCCUCAAUUUUUCUCGUCCAAUACCCUCGAAAGAAUUUUCACCUCCAUCGAUCGUUACCGAGUGAGCGCCGCUUCAUCAAACCGGAAGGGAGAGACUGCAGAUUUGGCAACGAGCCACCGAUAUUACACGCGUCGCGGGGAAUUGGACGUGGCUCCCAGCCGCGCUUUCUAACUUUCCAAGUAAUUAGGAUUUUCGGAUUUUCCAGCCUCUUUUCAACGAGAGGCGAGGUGAUUGGCCAGCGGUUCCUGGGAAACGAGAGCCACGUGGAGCACUUCAAGCUCCUGGAGCGCGCGACCACUUCCAUCCUGAUUGGCGCCAGGAACGCCAUUUACAACAUAAGUCUGCACGACCUGACGGAGAUCGUCGACCAGAGGUUGCAGUGGUCCAGCAGCGGGGCGCAUCGCGAACUUUGUUAUCUGAAAGGACGUAGUGAGGACGAGUGUCAAAAUUAUGUACGAGUAUUUGGCAGACAAGGACCUGAUCAAUUUCUUGUUUGUGGAACGAAUGCAUACAAACCAGCAUGCAGACAAUUCACUAUUAAGGAUGGCGCGUACGCGAAGGAAAGCGAUAUGGAUGGGCUGGGACUCUGCCCUUACGAUCCAAGGCACAACAGCACUGCGGUAUUCGUCGAGGGGCAGCUGUACGCGGCGACGGUGGCCGAUUUCUCUGGUGGCGAGCCGCUGAUUCACAGGGACAAGAUCCGCACCGAGCGCUCGGAUUUGAACCAGCUGAACGGUCCGAACUUCGUCAGCUCGUUUGCAUACGAAGAUUAUGUCUUUUUCUUUUAUCGAGAAACAGCUGUCGAGUACAUGAAUUGUGGCAAGGCGGUGUACUCGCGGGUAGGUAGAGUGUGCCAGCACGACAAGGGCGGACCUCAUGCGUUCAACGACAGAUGGACGAGCUUCCUGAAAGCGAGGCUCAACUGUUCCGUGCCCGGCGAAUACCCUUUCUAUUUCAAUGAAAUACAGUCGACGAGCGACGUCACGGAAGGUGUUUACGCCGGUGAACGUGCCCGAUUGGUUUAUGGGGUGUUCACGACCCCUGUGAAUUCGAUCGGGGGCUCAGCCGUCUGCGCGUUCUCCAUGAAGAACGUCCUCGAAGUCUUCCAGGGUGCGUUCAAGGAGCAGGAGACCAUAAACAGCAAUUGGCUGCGUGUACUUCCGGAAAAAGUGCCCGAGCCAAGGCCUGGUGCAUGCGUGAACGACUCCAGAACGCUUCCAGACGUGACCGUGAACUUUGUGAAAGCGCACCCCCUCAUGGACGACGCGGUCCAAUCUUUCUUCUCAUUACCUGUGAUAACCAAAGUCAGCUUCAAUUACAGAUUUACCAAAGUCGCCGUGGAUCCUCAAGUGAAGGCGUUGGAUGGCAAGGCCUACGAUAUUCUGUAUGUCGGGACAGACGACGGCCGAGUUCUCAAAGCGCUCAACACUCGUGCACCGGAUUCACUGAGCAAUGUUAGCCAGGUCAUCGUAAGCGACGUUCAAGUGCUGAAGUAUGGACAAGCGAUCAAGGAUCUGUUGGUGGUCCACCUGGCCGGCGAGGCGAGCAAGUUGGUCGUGUUUGCUGACUCCGAAAUUCGCGCGGUACCACUGCAUCAUUGCGACGCCCCUGCGGCGGCCACCUGCGCGUCUUGCGUCGGUCUUCAGGAUCCUCACUGUGCCUGGGACGCGACCAAGAAUCUGUGUGUGGCCGUGUCGACGAAACUGCACGACAGCGACGCCGACAAAACCCUGUUCCAGGACAUCGUGAACGGGAGACACAAGGGAUGCGGCUACGAGCCAGAGAUGGCGAAGCCCGUGCAACCAGCGGUUCUGCCCGAAAACGGGCGAGGCGAGCUGCCCGAUGAACGGGACAAUGAAAUCGUCAUCGAGCUGGAUCGAGAAAAUCAGUACGGUCGUACGCAGCCACGAGCUAACGAGCCUCAAGACGUGAUCGCGACACCGGUGGUGUACUCCGCCCAGACUCUGACCGGUGCCCUGAUAGGGACCUGCUUCUUCUCGCUGGUAGCCGGCUUCGCUUCCGGUUUCUGGUUCUCCCAGAGGCUACGGGGCGCGCCCUAUCCGGAACCAUCGGAGCAGCGGCAGCAGUUGAACCGGUUGACGGAGAGCUCCGAGUCCCCGGGGUUCAACAACAAAUCCAUCAACCUUGUGCUGAACGUGCCCCCUAAAAAUCCGAACGGGAAGAACGCGAACUCGUCGGCUGAGAACAAGCCGGUGCAGAAGGUGAAGAAGACGUACAUAUGAUAUAGAAGACGACACAGGGCCGUCUGAGGCUUGCCGCAGGACCCAACGGGUUCCGGCUCAUCUUCUUCCUCCUCUUCCUCCUCCGACCUCGCGGAAUCAGACGAUCGCAACGACGACGACGACGACGAAGACCCGGACAACGUUGACGGGGAGGAGAAUCGAAUCGCGAGCGUCGGUCGCAUGAUCGGCGACCAGCUGGUGGCAAGACACGAGAGCGAGGACGCCUACGAGAGCGUGGCCAGCGAGGGGAGAUCGCUCGAGUUCCUCGCCACGCCCAGGGAGGCGACGACCUACGACUCACGAUCCAUGUCGAAGGUCGUCGAUUACGGGAGAAGGUACGAUCACCAGUUUCCUAUCGCCGGUGGGGAGUACACCGAAACAGCGCUAAUGGAGCCGGUGAACGGGCUUCAAGAUUACAGCAGCAGCAGCGCGAACAGCCUCGACGAUCUUUGCCGCGGGCAUCGUCAGCGCGCCCUCAACGAUUUUAAUCGGGGGGACGAGUCGGCGGGCCCCCGGGAUCAUUACAUGGUCCCCACCAGAGACCCGAGAGAGCUGAACGAGAGGAUACUUUCGCUGUUCAAUCCACAGUUCCUGCCGAAUUUCAACGACAUGAUCAUGUACGUUGCGAACCAGUACGACGCCAGACGAAGCCCGCCACCUAGGUCGCGCUCGAUGGCGGACGGGGAGGAUCGAUUGUUCAGGCGGUCGAGCAGCUGUCGGAAGAAACGCGUUGGCGCGAGUUCCAUGUUCUUCCGCCGUGGAUUAACGUACGAAGCGGCGCGCAAGUGACACCGGUUGUCCCCAUUCGGAUUCAAACGAAGGAUAGAACGUUGGGUCGAUCGAGUGACGCGCGAUAAAACGUAAGGGACGACACUAAGGGACACUGUUGUCUUGGCUGCCGGAAGAAAUGGAAGGAAAUGCUCGAUCGAACGAAGGGAGAAGCUCGGUGGAAGUUGUGAAGCAAGAUGGACAGGCCACUACUUGGAGGAAACUGUUGUUUCUCGGAGAACGGUUCACCUUGGAUCAUCGUUUCUCCUACCCGAUGAUCGUCCUUCCUGAUAUCAAAGGAAGAACUUUUUGUUCCUUGCGGUGAAGCGAGUUCACUCAAGGGAAGACCACGAUAUUAUUAUGCAUACCUAAGUGUCGGCGUUACCUGAGAUGUCUCGAGGAUGUGGUGUACUCGAGAGGCACGGAUUUCAUUUUCGUCGUCGUUCAAUACGACCAGAAGUGUACAGAACGACCGGUACGUCGCAAGUCCACGUGCUUCCGGUGUCACGUGUCGUAUCGUCUGAUAUAUAUGUACCGCGAGAACAGAGACACGCGCGUACUUUGGAACUAUUUUUUUAAGAUAAUAACUCACAAUUCAGGCUCUCUCCGAAUGUCUUAUAUAAGCGCGGCAUCGCGUGUCGGACGCUCCAACACAACUUGAGCUAAUUUUUGUACAGAAUUCGAACGAUUUUCGAGUUCUUCCUUUCCGUUUCUCACUAGUACGGCAAUGGAGGGAAUACAUGGGAAAUGAAGGGACACACAAAAAAAUUGAUGGAAUAUCAAACAAAGCAGCAAACAACGACGAUGGGACAAAGGAUCGGACUCGUAACUGUGUAAUGUGAUACGAUCUGAGGAGAGUUCUGUGUUCGUAGCAGUGGCCUGCUUAGGUGCUUAGAACCGCGGUGAUUUAAGGACGUAGACGAAGCGUCUUGCCGCUCGGGCCCACGUUUCUCAAACUACACCUUUUCGUGAACUUUUCGCCCCUCGAAUAGUAACAAGGGAAAUAAACUCAACAAGAUGAAAAGAAAACUUAUCAAACGAGAUUCGUUUUACGAGAGAGAAAAAAAAACGAAAAGAAUCGCUUGCUAUGAAAUCGCCUAUCAAAUUCGCUUUGAUCUUAGAGACAAGGUUGAAGAUAGUUUUAACGAGAAUAUAAUAUAAAAAAAGUUAAGAAGUUACAAGUGUAAGGAGGAAGAUGAUUUUGUAAAGGGAAGAGGUAUUUAAAAAAAGGGGGGGUUGGAGUUUGAGAAACGUGAUCUCGUGGAGGGACGUUUCGAAAGCAUUCGCGGGAGACGAGGCGUGCCUUCCGUAUAUUAAUUGUUGGCAAAUUUCUGAUCUAUAAAAAACAGGAACGGGAGAAUGCGGCCGGUAUAGAUUCGGGCAAGUGCCUCAUUUAUGCGUUUCGUUUAAAAAAAAAUGAAAUAUUCGAUAGAGGAAGAGGGGGGAGACGACGAUAUGGGUGGUGAAUAUGAAAAAAAAAAGGGUGAGAAAGAGAGCGAGCGAGAGCGAAA